ACGUUCAUUUCUCGUCUGCUGUCCAAUUCCUCGCUAUCAGUCAGCCAGUGACAAAAAAUUUGGAGUUAAAAUCAGCGCUGCGGUUUUUAUCCUUGUUUGUGCAGUGAAAGUUUAGAUCUGAUAUAACUUCUAUGCUAAAGAAGAUUUAAUUCCUAUUGUCUUAUUCGUUAUGGUUCUAUGGAUAACUCUAUCCCUGAACAAUCAAUAUGGGUGAUUUGAAUACAUCGGAUUGUUCCUGGAAGAAAAUGGUUAUAGCGAAAACAAAUAAUGAAUGGAUCUCUACUGUGAAAUCGGAAUACAGUGAAAGUAACAAAACAGUUAACGCUACAGGUAUGAAUUCUGAACAUGAACAAAUAUCUUAUGAAAACGUUAAGAAAGAGCACGAAGAAACGAGCUGUGACAGAAAUUAUGAGUUAGAAGAUUCGAUGCAAUCUCCACAGGAGUUAGACCCACUAGCAAUGCUAGAACCCACUAAACGGAGAAGACGCAGAGACUCGGGUCCGAAGUGUGAAUCGCCAAACGAGCGAGCGUCGCGCUUAGCGAAGAUGUCAGCUUACGCCGCACAGAGGCUCGCGAAUGAAAGUCCUGAGCAGCGCGCAGUCAGACUCAGGCGCAUGUCGGAGUAUGCAGCUAAAAGACUAUCACUGGAAACAAGUGAACAGAGAGCUAAACGCUUGUCCCGAAUGUCAGCGUAUGCUGCCAAGAGGCUGGCUAAUGAAUCUCCCGAGCAGAGGCAGGCGCGCCUCGCCAGGAUGUCUGCAUAUGCAGCACGGAGACAGGCCAUGAAAAAAGUUUCUGGUCCCAGCACUGCAGAUGAUUGUAAUGCAGAAAAUUCUAACUACAAUAUACAAACAAUGCAGAACCAAAGCUGAGAAUACUUUGUAUUAAAGUCAAUUAUUAUAUUUUAUUUGAAGUCAUCUUUUAUACAGAAUUUUACAUAAAUUGAUUUUAUCUAUAUUAAGUGAAUAGUUAUUGUAUUUUUAGAGUUAUAUCUACAUUUAUUUAGGUUUUUGUUUUAAACCUUGCUUACUAGGGUCCUUGGACUUGCCUAUUCAAUUAUAAUAAUCUGCUGAAGUAUAUUCAUAAAAUAUAUUUGCAAAAUCAUCACAAUAAAGUUUUUAAUAAAAGGACAA